AUGGGCAAAGUCCAGCGUCAAGGCCGCAAGCAUCAGCACCACUCAACAUUCGGCAAAUCCACCGUGGUCAGGAGACAGCACAGCCAUCACCCUCCCACCAAACCCAAAGCACCAUCCACCGGGUCCCAACAUGGUCAGCCACAGGCACGGGUCAAGGUGCCUUUUACCAAGAAUGACAACGUCCUGCUUGUUGGCGAAGGAGAGUUUUCGUUCUCGCUGUCGUUGAGACAACACCACAAAGUGAACCAAAUAGUAGCAACCUGCUACGACUCCGAGGACGUGCUCCAGAGCAAAUACCCGGAUGUCCAAAAGACUAUAACACAGCUCCGGUCGGCCGCUCGUGGCAAUGAUACCGACACAACACACCAUGAGACAGUUCAAGGCAAUGAGACCGCGAACCACAAAGACGACGAAUGGAAUGGGUUUUCUCCGUCGCCACCUGAAUCCCCUACUCACGAUCAAGUCGAAGACUCCGAUAGACCUCGAGACGAGGAAGCUGUCCACAUCCUUUACGGCAUUGACGCUACGAAGCUUGCGUCGGCGCAUAAGAAAGCCCUAAGGCCAUAUUCUCCCUUCACCAAGAUUGUCUUCAACUUUCCCCAUGUGGGAGGUCUAAGUACCGAUGUCAACAGGCAAGUACGCUACAACCAAGAGCUGCUGGUAGGGUUUUUUCGAUCGGCCAAAUCGUUGCUCUCGUCUCGAACCCGUCCGGCCUCGAUUAGAGAUGACGGGAGUGACUAUGAUGAUAUCUCAGAGGGUCCCAAGCCUGGCGCGGUGAAUGGCCAGAUUCUCGUCACGCUGUUUGAGGGCGAACCUUAUACGUUGUGGAAUAUCCGGGAUUUGGCCCGUCACUGCGGCCUCAGGGUGGUGGAAAGCUUCAAGUUCCCGUGGUCUGCCUACCCAGGGUACCGUCACGCGAGGACAGUUGGGGAUAUCACCACCGGCAAGGACAGGAGCGACGAAGGGAAGAGGAAAGGGGCCUGGAGAGGCGAGGAGCGCGAUGCUCGGUGCUACGUGCUCGAGGACCAAACUGCGGAGCCGGAGGACGUGGUGUCACCUCGAGGGAAGAAAAGACGGAAGCAGGGGAGUGACGAGGACGACAGCGAGUGA